AUGCAUCAUUGCAUAGCAUUUUUUCUUUUUAACUAAACUAUUAAGCUUUAGUGAGGGGCGUGGUUCAUCCUGCUGCUAUUGGGAGAAGCAUGCACAAGCUCUCAGUCCAGUCUGUUUUUCCACCUUGCCGUUCUCCGGUGGCUUUUUAUCCGAUCUCUCCACGCCAGUUACUGCAAUCAGACACAGGAGUCCUGUGAAACUAACUGGAAUCACAUUGAAGCCAUCAUUUCAACAUUCAGGAAAAGACGAUUUCAAUCAUCCAACAGUUGUCAUUUGCUUUUGAUGAUGGUCUGAGAGCCACUAGUGAAACCAGAACCCUAAUUGAAAUUGCCAGUGAUGUCAGGGAGUAUCAGAGAGUGACCAUCCAAGUCAAGAUACUCUCUCUCUGCUUUGAGAAGCAGACCCUGACUCGAAGUCACAAGCAAGUAAUGAGGAAGACCUAUCAAGUAGCUGACAAGACUUCCAGCAUGGCUUUAAGCGUGUGGGGUGAUAGCCAGGUUGAUGUUGGAAAGUGGUACGAGUUACAGAACGUGUCGGUCCGGCAGUUUGACAUGAAGCCAUGCAUUUCGAGCACUUUGCAGACUGAGAUCAAGGUUCUGCCUGACUUGGGUAACUGCUUUCAGAGCGAUGAACAUGCCAUUAUCACCAUUGAGGGAGACAUAGUUGACACUGAAAUCAAAGUUAGUCACUUAUGUCCAAAACUGCACAAAAUGGAUGCAGUAAACACAACCACUCUUAUGAAUCGUUGCAUUAAAUGUGACAAUUGUUGUCGUUUUACAAAAUGCAGGUCCAAUUUAAAUGGCCAUGUAUCAAUUGAGGUAAAUGGAGUUCACAAGAAGAUCAUAAUAGAUGAUGGCCAUCUCCGUGAGGUCUUAAAUUUGUCUGAAAAAUUCAGAGAUACAACCGAUGACCUGGCAACCAAAGUCUUAAGUCAUGACCGGCUUAGGGUCCAAAUGAUGGGCCGUGUACUUGUUAAGGCAGAGUUUGUUGACGUUAGUGAAAGUACUGCUGCCUUCCCUGGUCCAAGUACUGCUGCCUUCCCUGGUCCAAGUACUGCCCCCUUCCCUGGUCCAAGUACUGCCGCCUUCCCUGGUCCAAGUACUUCUGCUGCCUUCCCUGGUCCAAGUACUUCUGCUGCCUUCCAUGGUCCAAGUACUGCCGCCUUCCCUGGUCCAAGUACUGCCGCCUUCCCUGGUCCAAGUACUUCUGCUGCCUUCCAUGGUCCAAGUACUGCCGCCUUCCCUGGUCCAAGUACUUCUGCUGCCUUCCAUGGUCCAAGUACUGCCGCCUUCCCUGGUCCAAGUACUGCUGCUGCCUUCCCUGGUUCAAGUACUGCCGCCUUCCCUGGUCCAAGUAGCUGUGCAUCCCCUGGUCCAAAUGCAACAAUGUACAAAAUUGUGUCUGAUGCUGAACCAGAAGGGCUUGAUUUUCUUUUCUCUAAAGAAAAAUAAUUUAAGUUGUCUUUCAGGGAUGUUUUUUUU